AUGAGUAAAGGAUCGAAUUCGCGCCUUUCCGACCCGAAUGAGACGGCCUACAAUUGCGGGAAAUGCCACCGGCCGGACGAAGAUGAGAGCCAGAUGGUAUUCUGCGACAACUGCCAGGUGUGGUUCCAUUUCGGCUGCCAAGGAGUGACGUCAGCAGUACAGGAAGACAACGAUUGGGUUUGUAACGACUGCGCUGGUGACUCAAACGGAGCGACUGCCCUCGGGGCCGAGGAGAAUGAGUUGCUGGAAGCAGAAAGGGAGAUAGCUCGCGAGCGAGAGCGUCUUGCUGCUUUGAUAGAGCGGAAGAAAAGGGUGGCAAGUAUGAAACUAGAGUUAGAGAAAGAAAAGAGGGAAGCGAUGUGGCAGUUAGAGAAGCAGGAAUUAGAAGCAAAGGCUGUAGCUGAGGAAGAAUUCAAUAAGAAAAAGAAAGCAGAACAGUCAAAGAUUCAGCGCAGAAUAGAUAAGGCUUUAGCGGAGCGUGUUCAGUUAGAGAAGGAACAAAGUACGAUACGAUUCUGUAGGAAGACAUCAACUCCGACAGUAGGCUUAGGUAAUGCCCUAGAAAAUGCAAGGUCAUCGAAAGUCAACGCGGAUGCAACUCGCGCGGGAAAUGUUCAUACUAGCGAAUCGGCGUCGAAUAGUGAAAGUGAUAGUGGUGAGGAUGCCAGUGCUAACGGUGACGAAGUGGAAGUGGUUCCAACCAAAGCCCAGCUGUCUGCGCGUCAGUUUUUGGCUCGACGGUUGCCGACGUUCACCGGGAAAGCGGAAGAGUGGUCGAUCUUCAUCACGAGCUACGAGGCGUCGACGAAAGCGUGUGGUUUCUCCAACCUAGAAAACCUAGUACGGCUGCAGGAGUGCUUGAAGGGAGCUGCACUGGAAGCGGUAGGAUCGCGACUUCUAUUGCCGCAGUUUGUUCCGAAGGUGAUUCAGGAGCUGAGAGAACAGUUUGGCCAACCUGAACAAAUUUUGGAGACGUUGUUGGUGAAGGUGAGAUCCGCGGACGCCCCGAAGACGGAGAAGCCGGCGUCGUACAUUACGUUCGGUCGAUUGGUCCAGCAACUCUGCGACCACAUGGAAGCAACACGCCUGGAAGAACAUCUGAUCAACCCGUUACUGAUAAGUGAGUUGGCGAAGAAGCUUCCACCGAGUACAAAGAUGGAUUGGAUUCGAUACAAGCGCGGGCAAUUAGGCGACGGGAAGAGAGUUACAUUACGUACCAUGGCAGAUUUUCUUGCGGAGAUAGUCUCUGUAGCUACGGAGGCGAUAAAUCUGGUGGACGGGCAACCCAGUAGUAGUCGUGUGUGCAAUCCGGAGCGGAAUCGAGAGCGAAGCAAGGUGAAGCAACAAGGAGCGUUUGUGAACGUUCAUAAUGAAGACGAACGGACCGUUCGAGAUACCGAGCCCCAGAAGCGAAUUCCAUGUGUGAAAUGUGGCGAGACAAAUCACAGGUUGCGUAAUUGCGAGGAUUUUUUGAAGCUUGAUCCAGCACAGCGGUUGAAGGCGGUAGAGAGAUGGCAGCUUUGCAAAAGCUGUCUAAAUGCACACGGAGAUUCCAAGUGUAAAAUGAAUAUUCGCUGUAAGGUGGCGAAUUGCAACGCAACGCAUAACACCUUGUUGCAUCAACUAUACGCACAUUCGUCAUGUAACAUGCACAGUAGCAUAGUACAGACGUCGGUGAUCUUUCGUGUUGUCCCAGUGAUGGUGUAUAAUGGUUCCAAGGCUGUGAAGAUAUUGGCGUUCUUGGAUGAAGGCUCAUCGUAUACGUUGAUCGAAGAUUCGGUCGCGGAAGAGCUUGGUUGCGAUGGAAUCGUGCAACCAUUGCGCGUGUCAUGGACUUCCGGAAUGACAAGACUAGAGCGGGAGUCGAAGAUAAUUGAUUUGGCGUUAUCGAGCUUGGAUUCAACCCAGAAAACCGUAGUGAGGAGUGCGCACACUGUUAGAGAGCUGGGAUUACCGAAGCAGACGAUGCGGUUUGCUGAAUUUGCAAUGCAGUACCAGCACCUUCGUGGCCUGAAGGUGGCAGAUUACCCUAUGGAGACGCCACGUAUUCUAAUUGGGUUAAAGCAUCUGCACCUGUUUGCACCUUUAGAGUCACGGGUUGGUAAUCCAGGGGAACCAAUUGCGGUUAGGUCGGCGCUAGGAUGGACAGUGUAUGGCCCACAAGAGAAGUCGCAGCAGAAUUCCACAUUCGUUGGGCACCACACAUGCGCUAGUGUGUCAAAUGAAGAACUUUAUCGGAUUUUGAAGUCGCAUUACGUGGUGGAAGAUUCGGCAGUCAUGGUGGACGUAAUACCUGAGUCAGACGACGAUCGGAGAGCCAGGGAGAUACUUGAAGGAACAACAGUGCGCAUCGGUCAACGCUUUCAGUCCGGCUUACUGUGGAGGGAGGCAGAAAUCAAAUUUCCAGAUAGUUACGGAAUGGCAGAGAAGAGGAUGAAGAGUCUGGAGAAGCGGUUAGCAAGAAACCCGAUGCUGCAGCAGAAUGUACAGAGGCAAAUGGAGGAGUACAUAGAGAAGGGAUAUUGCCACAAAGCGACAAAGCAGGAGCUACAAACCACAGAGAGACAUAAGGCGUGGUAUCUACCGUUAAACAUCGUACUGAAUCCAAAAAAGCCAGGAAAAGUGCGUUUAGUCUGGGAUGCAGCGGCCGCUGUGCAAGGCGUUUCUUUGAAUUCCGCAUUGCUGAAGGGUCCGGAUCUGCUGGUUUCCCUGCCGUCAGUGAUAAGCCAGUUCCGUGAGCGAAGGAUAGGGUUCGGUGGCGACAUUCGCGAGAUGUUCCACCAAGUGAGAAUACGUCCUGAGGAUCGUCAAGCGCAGCGGUUUCUAUUUGGAGGAGAAGUGUACGUGAUGGACUGUGCCAUUUUUGGAGCAUCAUGCUCACCAAGUCAAGCAUUGUACGUUAUGCAAAAGAACGCGAAGGAGUUCACCAAGGAGUAUCCAAGAGCAGUAGAAGCAGUAGUGAAGAAGCAUUACGUCGACGACUAUUUCGACAGCGCAGAUACCGUAGAGGAAGCAGUCAAGCAAGCUGAAGACGUUAGAGAUAUCCACUCCGUGGAGGAUUCCAAAUUAGAAACUGGGUUUCAAAUGCAGAAGAAGUACUGGUGA